CAUUGAAGACACGGGAGAAGGGCUCAUUCUCUUGCUCCCUUAGGCAGAGGCAGCGGAGAGGGAGCACUGCAACGUCGGGAUCGUCGGUUCAGGAGGCAGACAAGGUUUAAUCAAUGAAGGUGCAUGGAAAAAUAAAGUAGCCGGCACAGCGAUCCGAGAGAACCCCGGACAGAAGGAGCGAUCGGCUUUGUCGGGGUGGGGGUUUCCUCGUUCAAUUUCAUUUUUUAUUGCCAAGCGAUAAAUAGACAAUCUUAUUUUUUUUCGAAGAUGGGUAACCGAGGGAUGGAGGAGCUAAUUCCUCUGGUUAAUAAACUUCAGGAUGCCUUUUCAGCGAUCGGACAAAAUGCCGACCUGGAUCUGCCACAGAUCGCCGUUGUCGGCGGACAGAGUGCGGGGAAAAGCUCCGUUCUGGAGAACUUCGUCGGGAAGGACUUCCUGCCCCGUGGAUCUGGCAUUGUGACCAGGCGUCCCCUUGUGCUGCAGCUCAUUAACUGUCAGACAGAGUAUGCCGAGUUCCUGCACUGUAAAGGAAAGAAGUUCGUUGACUUCGAGGAGGUACGGCAGGAGAUCGAAGCUGAAACCGACCGCAUCACAGGAAGCAACAAGGGCAUCUCCUCUGUCCCAAUCAACCUGCGAGUUUAUUCUCCACAUGUCUUAAACCUGACUCUUGUGGAUCUUCCUGGGAUGACAAAGGUACCAGUGGGUGACCAACCUGCAGAUAUCGAGCACCAGAUCCGAGACAUGAUCAUGCAGUUUGUCACUAAGGAUAACUGCCUGCUGCUGGCUGUGUCCCCUGCCAACUCUGACCUUGCCAAUUCAGAUGCCCUCAAGAUUGCCAAAGAAGUUGACCCACAAGGUCUCCGCACCAUUGGUGUCAUCACAAAGCUGGAUCUGAUGGAUGAAGGCACAGAUGCUCGGGACAUUCUGGAGAAUAAACUCCUGCCAUUGCGUCGAGGUUACAUUGGUGUGGUGAACAGGAGCCAGAAGGAUAUCGAUGGAAAGAAGGACAUCGGUGCUGCUCUUGCAGCAGAGAGGAAGUUUUUUCUGUCCCACCCUUCAUAUCGACACAUGGCAGACCGCAUGGGCACCCCCUACCUGCAGAAAACUCUCAAUCAGCAACUGACCAAUCACAUUCGGGAUACUCUACCAGGGCUUCGCAACAAGCUUCAGAGUCAGCUUCUCUCUAUCGAAAAAGAAGUCGACGAAUACAAAAACUUCAGGCCCGAUGACCCAUCCCGUAAAACCAAAGCCUUGCUGCAGAUGGUUCAACAGUUUGCUGUGGAUUUUGAGAAGAGAAUCGAGGGUUCUGGAGACCAAAUUGACACCUAUGAGCUCUCUGGAGGUGCACGAAUCAACCGCAUCUUUCACGAACGCUUUCCCUUCGAGCUUGUCAAAAUGGAGUUUGAUGAGAAAGAACUCCGCCGAGAGAUCAGCUAUGCCAUCAAGAAUAUCCACGGCAUCAGAACUGGCCUCUUCACCCCGGACAUGGCCUUUGAGACCAUUGUGAAAAAGCAGAUUAAGAAGAUAAAAGAGCCGUGCCAGAAAUGUGUGGAUAUGGUCAUUUCUGAGCUUAUCAAUACCGUUAGGCAAUGUACCAAGAAGUUGGGGCAAUAUCCACGACUACGUGAAGAGAUGGAGCGCAUUGUAACCACACAUAUCAGGGACCGGGAGAGCAGAACCAAAGAUCAGGUAAUGUUGCUUAUAGACAUUGAGCUGGCCUACAUGAACACGAACCAUGAAGACUUUAUUGGAUUUGCCAAUGCACAGCAAAGGAGCAGCCAGAUGAGCAAGAAGAAAGCUUCUGGAAAUCAGGAUGAGAUCAUGGUGAUUCGGAAGGGCUGGCUCACCAUCAAUAACAUUGGAAUCAUGAAAGGAGGUGCCAAAGAGUACUGGUUUGUGCUGACUGCGGAGACUUUGUCUUGGUACAAAGACGAUGAGGAAAAAGAAAAGAAGUAUAUGCUCCCUGUGGACAACCUGAAGCUCAGGGAUGUAGAAAAAGGAUUCAUGUCCAGCAAGCACAUCUUUGCCCUCUUCAACACUGAGCAAAGGAAUGUGUACAAGGAUUACCGGCAGUUGGAGUUGGCCUGCGAGACUCAGGAAGAAGUUGACAGCUGGAAAGCGUCAUUUCUUCGGGCCGGCGUCUAUCCGGAGCGCAUUGCGGUACGUCUCGGCUUAGUCGAAACUGAGGAAAAUGGAUCAGACAGCUUCAUGCACUCCAUGGAUCCCCAGCUGGAGCGUCAGGUGGAGACCAUUCGCAACCUGGUAGAUUCCUACAUGGCAAUCGUCAACAAGACAGUGAGAGACCUCAUGCCCAAGACAAUCAUGCACCUCAUGAUCAACAACACAAAGGAGUUCAUUCAUGCCGAGUUGCUGGCCAACCUGUACUCAUGCGGUGACCAGAACACGCUGAUGGAGGAGUCUGCUGAACAGGCCCAACGUCGCGACGAGAUGCUGCGCAUGUACCACGCUCUCCGUGAGGCACUGAGCAUCAUCGGCGACAUCAACACCACCACCAUCAGCACACCACUACCGCCCCCUGUUGAUGACUCCUGGCUGCAGGUCCAGAAUCAGCAAUCUGGAAGGAGAUCUCCAACCUCAAGCCCCACUCCCCAGAGAAGAGCCCCCGCAGUGCCUCCCUCCAGGCCUGGCUCAAGGGGACCUGCUCCUGGCCCCCCUCCAGCCGGAGCUCCACCUGUGCCCUCCCGUCCGGGAGCAUCACCUGACCCCUUUGGCCCUCCUCCACAAGUCCCAUCCCGACCCAACCGCGCUCCCCCAGGUGUUCCAAGAAUUACAAUCAGUGACCCAUGAGGACUAACGCUAAUGGGAGUCAGCAGGCAACAACCAACCAGCCUAAAGGAGAUCUUUUACCAGCUUCCCCUGUGGCCUGUCCUGUGUUCUUUAGUACUAAGAGUGUUCUUGAGCCAAUAAACAAAAUUAUAACACGUAGCUUCAAAGCAUUAUUCUAGAGCUGCCAGAUCACCAUCUCCCUACAGACUCAUAAACCCUGGAUUGUCCUCAGAAGUGAGACGUUCAUCUUCGCAGACUCUUAUUGUUGGCUGUGUGCAGCAUGACUGUGUUAAGUAGCUGGGGUUUGUGUCGUGCAGUUACUGUGUUCUGUAAUAAUGUGUUAUGUUUUGAUGCUGUAUCAGUCUUUGAUUCCAUCUAUGUGACUCCAAAAAGACUUCAUGAAACAAAAUAAACGAACAACAAGAAUCUCGCGUCAUUAUGGAGAAGGCCGAUUAGAAGGUACAGCCGUAAAGUGGCAUCGACUCCUUCAAUGAGAUAAGCCAAGGAGCGAUGGCGGGGUCGUUGGGCAAACAUUUUCGGUCACUUGGACAGCUGCAUUACGUUAUUGUGUAAAUAUCACUUAAAAAAAACACAAAAGUGGACACGGUGGUUACUUGUGGCUUUUACUGUAGGUGGCCAGUGGCAGGACUCGGUUGUCCUUAAUUUUCAUUCUCAAGGAGCUUUCGUAUCUUGCUUGAAUUUUGGGUUCAUCUGACAUAUCAAACUGGCGUGUGCUGAAUCGCUUCCAAGGAAUUUCCUUUCUUGAAUCAUGCUCAGAGAAGAAAAAGUUUUCUUGGUUACAAAGUAUAGAACUCAUUUUAAACGUAAAACAAAACGUACUGCGGCCUACCGUACACGUAGACUGCUGGCCAAACAUUUCAGGAGACUGUAAUUCAGGAUUUGUUUAACUUCAGGACUGCGCAGGUCAAGUCAUUUCCACGUCGUUAGUUUAGAAUCGAGUUUUACUUGUUUGGUUACGUUUUGGCACAACAUGUGCGCCCCCCCCACCCCCUUUACGUUUCACAGGGUCCCAAGCCAAAAAUGUAGCUGCACUCUUUCCCCGUUUCAUUUUUAGUUUCCUAUUAAUGAGGAUGAAUCGCCAUCCCUAAGAAGUCGAGCCACUUAGCCCUCACUGCUUCUCUGGGUUGCCAACCGGCAAGUGCGCGUUUAAACGAGAUUAGCAAAUGGAGGCCUGCAUUUCUGAGAGGGGUCCAACUGCAGACCUCCAUGAUUCAGGAGCUCCGCUGGACCGACAAGUGGACUGGACUCGAGUCAAGAACCUCUUAAGUAAUCUUAUAUAGUAAUCUAUAAUAAAAAGUGACAUCCUCCUCGAUGGAGUGGAGCUCUGGGGGUCCACAGCUACAGUAGGGUGUCCAACUCUGAGCCUGGGGGGGUUGCAGUAGCUGCUGGUUGUCCUUCCUGCCACUUUCUUCAUCAGGGACCAAUUCCUGCUUUUAACUGAUUUCUGUUCCCUUCAUUUUAAUUGCCGUGUUUUUUAAAACUGAAGUGAUGGUAGCCAAAUAAAAAUGAGAUGUGAAGUGAGCCAACAGAUGACCAGCUAACUCCAAACUCUUUCUCUCCAGCCAGUUUCUAAAUUAGAAGACGAUUCUUAUUGUUAAUUAAACCCGUUAUUUACCUCCAUGGCUUGCUUGUGCUCUGAUUCUGCCACAGCAGACAUUUGCAAACCGGUUGAUUUUCCUUUUUCUAAGCUCACCAUCAAAAUGUUUUAUAGACCUGAGCAGAUCAACAUUAUGGAGACCUUCACCUUUCAGAUACUGUAUGAUGGACACAGCUUGUGUUGGCUCACUUUGUGUCUCUUUAUUGUUUGACUGCUAAUUAAGGGGGGGAAAAAAAAAAGAAACAAAGGGGGGUCAGUGUCUUAAAUAGCAAGUCAAUUACAAAUAAGGUAAAAGGACUUAAUUAGCAGCAGAAACUGGUCACUAAUUAAGAAAAUGGUUAGAAUGAAAGUCUGCGUUCACGGCAGCCCUCCAGGAUUGGAGCUGGACUCCCCCUGGUCUACUGCGCUUUCUUGUGACCUCUACAUCCAAAAUGUUUCUUUCAAAAUUCAUUUCAAAUUUUAGUGAUUUAUUUUAACAUUUUUGCGUGAACAGCCGGUUGACAAAAAUAUCCAGAAAAUGGAUGUUUGACAAAUCACAGCUCAGAAAGCGAACGGACGUAACCCAGCAGUGGAAAACAAACAUUUGACAACAUUGUGAUGGCUCCAUACAGGAAGUUAAUAACAUUAUAGUCUACUAGACAAAGAGCCCGUUUUGACAACGUAAGAUGAAACGCACACGAGUGGAAUAGUAAGAAGUAUAAGCACCACAAACCUGAUAUAGGUGUAUUGAAUGAAUGCGUAAUUAGGCCUCGAGCAGUAGUCGAAAUCACCUUUCAGGCCUCUAGAGCAGGGGUCCUCAGUCCCAGUCCUGGAGGGCCGCAGUGGCUGCAGGUUUUUGUUCUAACCCGGUUGCUUAAUUAGAAAGCAAUUCUUGCCAAUAAUUUAAUUUCAUGGCUUGUUAGUGCUUUAACUCUGCUAUGUCAGGUAAUUCUCAUAUCCUGGAUUUUCGUCCGCUUUCUAAGGAUAUCAUCCAAAUGCAUUGAAAGCUAAUAUGGAGGAGUAAUUCUCAGUCCUUCACUUUUUUCUCUUCACUUUCCUUCCAAGUAUUUAAUUAAACCCAAUAGUGCAUGAUAAAUACACACAGGUGUAAAUGGUCACAAGCUAAAUGGAGAAAUGCUGGUCUCUUUUGUCAUUUGCAUGUUAUUGCUAAUUAGGAGCAAUUAAAAACCAAGAAUACAGCUGUUUAAGACUAAAAUAAGCAAUAAGGGUUAAAAAUCUUAACGAGCGAGACAACUAAAGUGAAACAGAAGUGUUACUUGAGCAAUAAAGGCUUCUUAUUAAGCAACUGGGUUGGAACAAAAACCUGCAGCCACUGCGGCCCUCCAGGACCGUGAUUGAGGACCCCUGCUAUAGAGCUUUAAUCGAAGUCGCCUUUCUCUUUGAAUUUUUGCAGCUGUAAAUCCGCCGCCUGCCGCGAUGUUGGUCUCGUAAGGUUUUUCAGGCAGCUGUGCAUUCGGCUUCGGACGGACGUGAGUGAGUGAGUGAGGAGGCUGGCGAAUUAUGUAUUAAGAUUAAUUGGCAGAAAGCUUUAUACAAGUUACUUAAAAAAAAAAAAAAAGACGUCUUCUGUAAGAAACGAUGAGACAGACAACCCUUGUGAAUAAAAUGAACCGAAUGACCGUUAGUCGGCCAUUAGACACACACACACAGUGUAAGGCUGCAAGCUUAAUUUGUACGGUGAAUUUCUGUACGCUUUAAUGAAAGCUUCUACGUAAAACUUUUUUUGAUUCAAUUUCAUGUUACUGAAAGAAAAGAAAAAAAAAAUCUAAUACAUUUUUCUGGACAAAACGUAACCUUGGAAUGUUGGCCAGUCAGUAUGUUAAACUAUUAUCAUAAGGACGUCUAUGGUGUCAUUUUUAUCCUAAUAAUCUUCUUUUUCCGGGCUGUGAGCCCUCUCACCCAGUGAAUGCCAUGUCAGUGAAUAUUUUUGCUCCAAGGUUUAAGAAACCGAGCUGGGUGGAAACAGUAGAGAGAGGCGGCCAUCCAUGUGUCUUAGAUCUGACUGGGGAGGUGGAAUUGGGGGGGGGGGGGGGACGGCAAAGCCGCAGUCCAGCGUCCCCGCUUCUCUCUCCUGGUGGCCCCCCCCAAAAAUCCCUGUUUUGGCAUACAUAUCUAAUUGUAUUACAUAUCUUUGUGGUGCAUUUAUGAGCAUUGUGCUUCCAUUGCUUAGAGGCUAGUAACUGAUAUGAGAUAAAAUAAAAUAAAAUGAUGAUCAUAUUGAAAGUGGCUGUGUAAAAUUCAAUAUAUACAAUAAAAUUACACAAUAUGUCCACAA